AUAAAGGGGUCUGACAGUCCCUCCGAUCUUCACUUGCGUUUGACAAUAAGCCACCAGGCUACAUUCGCCGCAGGUUUCUGGGUGUCUGAGCUUUGCUUCGGAGCGUGCGCUAGUGGCCCCGGCAGCGCCCCUUUCGCCUGGGGCUCAGAGAUCGCUUCCGAAGGCGUCCAGUUUGUGGAUCUGUGUUGAGGGGACUUCGUAGGGGGGCCAAGCUGUGCGAAUCACAGAGCAUCCCGGAGCCCCGGCUGCUCAUGGCGGGAGACGUUAGGGACAAACUGGAAGACAUGGCUUCCGUCUACGAGUUCGACCCCAUCACGGGCAAUAUUCCGGCAACUAAAGUGGAAAUUACAGUUUCUUGCAGGAACCUUUUAGACAAAGACACCUUCUCGAAAUCGGACCCAUUGUGCGUCCUGUACACCCAGGGGGUGGAGUCUAAGCAGUGGAGAGAGUUCGGGAGAACAGAAGUGAUUGACAACACACUGAACCCCGACUUCGUCAGGAAGUAUAUCCUGGACUACUUCUUUGAGGAGAAGCAGAAUCUUCGCUUUGACUUGUACGAUGUGGACUCCAAAAGUCCGGAUCUGUCAAAACAUCCCCACGAAUUCAACGACUUCCUGGGCCAGAUGUUCUGCACCCUGGGUGAGAUUGUGGGGUCGCCAGCCAGUCGGCUAGAAAAGCCUCUUGGGGGCAUUGCGGGGAAGAAGUGCGGAACGAUCAUCCUGUCUGCCGAGGAGCUGAGCAACUGCAGGGACAGUGCCACGAUGCAAUUCUGUGCCAAUAAGCUGGACAAAAAGGACUUUUUUGGCAAGUCGGACCCCUUCAUGGUGUUCUUUAGGAGCAACGAGGAUGGAACGUUCACCAUCUGCCACAAGACGGAGGUGGUGAAGAACACGUUAAACCCCGUGUGGCAGCCCUUCACCAUCCCGGUGCGGGCGCUCUGCAAUGGCGACUACGACAGGACGAUCAAGGUUGAGGUUUACGACUGGGAUCGGGAUGGCAGCCAUGACUUCAUUGGCGAAUUCACGACGAGCUACCGAGAGCUGGCACGGGGCCAGAGCCAGUUCAACGUCUACGAGGUGGUAAAUCCGAAAAAGAAAAUGAAGAAAAAGAAAUAUGUGAAUUCGGGAACGGUGACGCUGCUGUCCUUCUCCGUGGAGUCGGAGUGCACCUUCCUGGACUACAUCAAAGGAGGGACCCAGAUCAAUUUCACUGUAGCCAUUGACUUCACUGCAUCUAACGGUAACCCCUCCCAGUCCACCUCACUGCACUACAUGAACCCCUACCAGAUGAACGCCUAUGCCAUGGCACUCAAGGCCGUGGGUGAAAUCAUCCAGGACUAUGACAGCGACAAGAUGUUUCCGGCACUGGGCUUUGGUGCCAAGCUGCCCCCAGAUGGACGGGUGUCCCACGAGUUUCCCUUGAAUGGCAAUAUAGAGAAUCCAUACUGCAAUGGCAUAGAGGGGAUUUUAGAAGCCUACCACCAAAGCCUGAAGACAGUGCAGCUCUACGGACCCACCAACUUUGCCCCAGUUAUUAAUCAUGUGGCCAGGUAUGCAGCAGCUGUGCAGGACGGGUCUCAGUACUUCGUCCUCCUCAUCAUCACAGAUGGCGUCAUAUCAGACAUGGCCCAGACCAAGGAAGCCAUCGUCAACGCUGCUAAACUUCCAAUGUCUAUCAUUAUCGUUGGAGUGGGACAGGCUGAGUUUGACGCUAUGGUAGAGUUGGAUGGUGAUGACAUCAGGAUUUCUUCACGUGGGAAGCUGGCAGAACGAGACAUUGUCCAGUUCGUGCCGUUCCGUGACUAUAUGGACCGGACGGGUAACCAUGUCCUGAGCAUGGCCCGGCUGGCGAAGGACGUCCUGGCCGAGAUCCCUGACCAGUUCAUCUCCUACAUGAAGUCGCGGGGCAUCAAACCCAAUCCGUCGCCACCCCCGUAUACGCCGCCAGGACUUCCUCUCCACACACAGAUCUGAGCUCACUUGCCAGGAGCAGCGGAGACGGAACCCUACAGAACUCUGGGACGUCUGUGGACUUCAGCUGGACUUCCUUAUGGAACAGAUACUUCGGAAAGGAGAGAGGUUUCUGUUGUUUGCGAGUUUAUUUUUCUUGGAGGGAUGGGACAGGUAGGACUUGGCAAAGUGAUUUUUUGAAAAUGUAGAUCAGAAUGACGGUGUUUCUGGAUGUCUGGAACAUCGAACAGGAAGAGCAGGAGAAGGAGUGGACUGUGUUAGUGGUUUAAACUUGUGCCGUGUGUGGUUAUCUAAAUGUUCUGGAGUGUUUCGCGCUCCUCUGGUCUGUGAAAGCGCUCGCCAUAACUGUUCUUCAGCAUGUCUGUGGCUGCUGUUCGUGGACACUUUUCUGAACUGUGUCUUUCGAAAUAUCCACACAACGAUUCCUUAAAUUUCAGCUACUGAAUAUGGGGAAUAUGCAUAUGAUCCUCAAAGUCUUGUUUUUACAGCUUGUUCUGGCAUUUAUCUAUUAUUUUUUUUACCAAGUCAGUGAUCCAUCUGACUUUCCAUGGAACACAGUACAGUUACAAAAUGGAGUGUCAGGCUCCUCCAGCUGCGAGACUGUGGAGAACAUACUGUUCAUUAUGCCCAAAUGUGAAAAAUGUUUAUGUUACUUUUUCAAGGAUGAAAAAGGCGCACCAAUGUCUUUUGAUAAUGUACCAUGGAAGUAUUUGAAUAAUGUCAGUAAUUUAAUCACAGUAUGUUCCGAGUAAUGGUCAUGAUAUGUCUUAAUGGACAUGAUGUUUUGGUCAGGCACCCUCCUGUACCGAUAUGGGAUUUUUGGAAAGCGUUUUCAUAACUGCAUUUUGUACUAGAGAGUCUGUAGACCAUCUGGUCUGCAAUUGCUGUUCAAGCCUCCUGCCAUUUUGCCCACACACCUCGAGGUUAUAUCACGGGGAACGGGUCAUGACCCUCGCUGGGUCUCCCUCCUUUUAGCACCACUCAAUGGUAGCGAUAAAUAGCUGCUUGAUAAGCCACGUUUUCCGAAGCAUUUCUCCCGUCUCCGGCCGAUAUGGCAGGACGUGCCGGAAGCUCUUUGUUCAGGAAACACUCCGGGGAUUAAGGUCUCCAGGCCUUAGCUGCUUAUUUUCUCCUUAAGAUGCCCUUAAUAUGGGAAGGAGUGUUUUGGAUGCACAUGGUGACAUGGUGAUAGCCCGACCUCAGUGUUUUUUACUGACAGAGAUUCAGGACAUUAACCCUAGACUUCGUCAUGGGGACGUAUGUACCCAGAGUACUAUUUUUACCAUUGUUUAAUAAUUAUUUCACUUUGAUCCUAUUCUUUAGGGAAGGUUCCCUACAGCUUUUAAUGAACUGUGGAGAACUCCUUGUCUCCAUGCGAUUUCAGGGAGAAUUAAUGAAGUAUUCAUCAAAAUGAAAAGUCCACUUCCCUUAUAAUCUGUAAAAAUAAGACUUCCGACGAAGUGUUCCUCUACCUUAUGGGGACAACACAGGUUCCAUCAAGGCUAAAAACAGGAUGAAUGGAUUUAGCGGCCAGGUUCCAGCUGCACUCUCAGUUGCGUGUAGGAACUGGUAAUUUUCGGAACCCAAAGGUUAAUUUGUAGGUGUUAUUUCCCCUGCAUGUCACACAAUCAUUGACGGCCACCUUUGUUGUUUGAUUAUUAUUAUUGUUAUAGUGAUUACUAUGUGCCAGAGGUCUGUCACAGGGGCAGAGCCGCAAACAAAUUCACAAGUGCUCGGCACACGAAACCUUUUUCCGUGUUCCAGUACUAUUCCGGCGCCGCACUCAGCUGACCCCAUUUACAGCUCUGCCCAGUUAAUUAGCACAGCCAGGGCCAACGGGAUGUCAUUAAUUGCGGAGUCUGUGGGCAAGGUGCCGGUGAGCAACUACCAUGGAAACGCGAAAGAUCAACAGAACCCAGCCCUGUUCUAUUCGUGCAUCCCAGUAAAAUGAAGCAUACUAUAUGUUUUAAAAAAAAAAAAUACAUUUCAAAAGAGAGGGAUUAAUUGGCAAUUGAAGCAAUUUCGAUAAAAUGUGAGUUUCUGAUUUUUAACUAAUGCAACUCUUAUUUGGAAUGUUGGUGUCACGAUCGGACGGUAGGCGAGCCGUGGAAGUAGGCGAGAGCAGCCAGGAAGUCAGGUAACGGGGUUUAUUAAGGGAGGGACGGACAGGCACGGACAUCUAACGUGACACUACAAUGACGGAUCUGGGGAAACUAACUGAGACACGGACUAAAUACA